AGCUAAAUAAACCAUCAAAUCCACAUAUAAUAUAUAGUCCCUAAAUUCAAAGCAGACAGAACGUAGAGACAAAGAUCAUGACAUUAGAUUGAGACAUUAAUCAUGGUAUUAUAUAUAUGUACACGGAUUGGAAUCUUCAUGGUUCAGAGAAGCUCAGAGCUAAAGUUCUCACUUCAGAGGCAGAGAAUCAUUGAUCAGAGGAACUAGCUAGAAGUGAAACAUGGAAGAGGGAAACAUGUCAGGCUUUUGCAUCAGAUCAGGAAGCUGUACUGUCCGAGGUAAAAGUGGCAUCAGCAGUGGCACCAAGUGUGGGCGUUGGAACCCCACCACAGAACAGGUUAAACUUCUCACUGAACUCUUCAGGGCUGGUCUCAGAACCCCAAGCACUGAUCAGAUUCAGAAGAUCUCCAAUCAGCUGAGUUUCUAUGGUAAGAUAGAGAGCAAGAACGUGUUCUAUUGGUUUCAGAAUCACAAGGCCAGGGAAAGACAGAAACGCCGCAAAGUCUCAUAUGAUGAGAAGGAUGUUGUAAUUCGUAGAGAUAACUUCAUGAAUGCUUCUCCACUAAGUAUUGCUGAGAUGUAUCAAGUUUCAGAGCCUGACAGGAUGAUUGAGACACUUCCACUUUUUCCCUUGAAUUCCUUUGGUGAAACAGAGUCAGAGAAGGUGAGGGUGCAUCCAAAUGAAGGCAGGGGUAAUGCAAUGUUUUCAUACACAAUGGCAGAACAGAUGGAGCACCCACCAUUAGACCUGCGAUUGAGCUUUCUGUGAGGAGGAGGAGAUUUUUUACUUAUUGUUGUUACUUAGUGAAAUUAAUUAGGUUUAGCAUAAAAAGAAAAUGUUUAGGGUUUGUAUCAUGUAACUGUUAAAAAUUACAAACUAUGUAACUUUAGAUUAAUAUUUAGUGAUCAUGUAAUAUUGACUUUAUCCCUUAGGCAAGUGGUUUAAAAUUCGUAUUUCAAA